AUGAGCGUCAACGAUCUGCUCAACCAUUUGCAGAAUACAUUAAAUUCACUUGAUUCUGACUACAACCAAGUAUGUCAGGACGUUGCUUCAAAUCCGCAUCGCCAUAUACUCAAUGACAUUUUGCUUGAAAGGAAACAAAUGCUACGCGGCACGCUAUGCAUCGGAUCAAGUUUGGAUAAUGAAGAGCCAUCGGAGAAAAUUGAUGAUAUAAUUCUCGAUCUGGAUAAUCCAUCGUUUCCACUAUCAAGCGAGGGUGUGGACAAGGAUGAGGAAUGGCUCAAUUUAGAGAAGAAAUACUACGAGCAGCUUAAAAAUAUCAAACAGGAGCUCAUCAUUCGCGAGCAAGAGCUUAUGAAGGACAAUAGCAAAGCUGUUGAUGCAAUGCUCCACGCCCUACGUAUGCAAAUGAUCUACAGGCCGAUUGAUGAAAGGGAUCGUCAACUGGCUCGUGAUAGUGUGAACAAGAGGUUUAUGAGCGCGCGAAUCUCGCUUCGCAGUGAUAUCGCCUCGAAGGUUUUGGUGCUUCGACGCGAAAUUGAGCAACAAGGAAGAAAACGCCGAAAUUUUGACAAAGAAACGACUGAAAUCCUUCAAAAAUGGUUCAAUGAGCAUAGAGAGUCACCGUAUCCAAGCGAGGAGCAGAAAAACGAGCUCGCGAAACAAUGCGGAAUCAAACUGUCACAGGUCAACAACUGGUUCGGCAAUCAGAGAAUUCGCAGCAAGCAGCAGCUCAAACAAAUGCAGAAUGAGCAACAACAGAGGCAGCGGCAACAGCAACAAAUGGGAAUGGAGGAUCCGACAAGCUCAACCUCACAAGACUAUUCAAAUCAAUAUGGAGGGUUUGAUGAACAGCAGCAACACCAUCAAGAUUACAUGAGCAUGCCGGGACCCAGCAAUUCAGAUUACCAACCCAACUAUUAUAUGGACUAUAACCCGAACUAUGAUGAACCGCAUGACGAUAGCUAUCAGAUGUGCAACAAUUCAAUGAACUAUUAA